GAAAUUGCUAAUGCAAUUUCAUUUAUUAUUUUUACAGCUCUGUUUCUGAAGAAUACUGGUUUGGAUCAAGACCAAAAUGGCCAAAUUAACUCUUUUAGCAGGACUGGGCAUCUUGCUUACAGUGCAGAUUGCGGCCUCUACAAAGCUGGUGUGCUACAUGACCAACUGGUCCCAGUACAGACCUGGCAAUGGGAAGUUCUUGCCAGACAACAUUGAUCCGUUCCUCUGCACUCAUGUGGUCUAUGCUCUGGCAAGCAUCAACUACAGAAAUGAAAUCACCACCGUCGAAUGGAAUGAUGACGUGCUGUACAAGUCACUGAAUGACCUGAAACAAGUAAAUCCUGCAUUGAAGACCUUGCUGUCUGUUGGAGGAUUGACCAAUGGCGUCAGUCCAUACAUUGGAGUGGUGUCCACACCAGAGACCCGCAAGACUUUCAUCCGUUCUGCAUUGUUGUUCCUGCGUCUCCAUGAAUUUGACGGUAUGGACAUUGACUGGCAGUACCCUGGUCACAAUGGCAGCCCACCAGACGACAAGCAGAGGUUUACUACAUUCCUCAAGGAACUGAGAGAAGCUAUUGAACAGGAGGCCGUAGACACGAAGAAAACUCCUCUGGUGCUCUCAUGCAAAGUGUCCGGCAUCAAGUCUACUAUUGAUAAAGCUUAUGAGAUUGCUGAAAUUUCAGGUUUGUUGGACUUUUUGACCAUCAUGUCUUAUGACUACCAUGGCCACUGGGACUCCUUAACAGGGCACAACAGUCCCCUUUUCCGCAGCUCCAUUGACAGUGGGAACGUCUUUGACCACAAUAUCAACUCCUCUGUGGCUUCCUGGCUCAGCAGUGGAGCCCCCGCUGACAGGCUGCUUCUUGGCUUCCCCACAUUCGGACGCACAUUCUUGCUCUCCACAUCGCAAACAGGUCUCGGAGCCCCAGCCAAAGGCCCCGCUGAUGCCGGACCCUACACACGCGAAGCAGGCUUCUGGUCCUAUUAUGAGAUUUGCCCCAUGGAAUCAAGUGUCACUAUUGAAUGGAUCGAUGAGCAGAUGGUGCCCUAUGCAGUUCAAGGAAAUGCCUGGGUCGGAUUUGACAACCGUGAAAGCUUUACUGCUAAGGUACAGUAUCUUAACUCCUUAAACUUGGCUGGAGCUUCAGUGUGGACCUUGGAUUUGGACGAUUUUGCUGGCCGUUUCUGCAACAGCGGAGCUUACCCUCUUGUCAACCAUUUGCGCAACUCACUAGGUUUCUCACCCAAGCCCACCACUACACCACGUCCCACCACGACCGCUGACCCCAUCGCCUCUUUCUGUGUUGGUAAACCAGAUGGCCUGUACCCCAACCUUGCUGAUGAGACCACUUACUUCCACUGUUUCCGUGGAAACACAUACCUGCAGAAAUGCCAGCCCGGUCUGGUCUUUAUUGACAACUGUAAAUGUUGUGAUUGGCCUUGAGCUCAAGUUCAGAUCUGCUCUUCCUGUUCAAUAAAGCUGUCCAGGAGUCUC